CCGUCUUUACAACUCUUACCGCUCUCUUUCCUCUGUACUUUUCCCAAACAACCUAAUUGCCCUCCUUUAAUACACGCUGACACCAUGACCAUGCUGAAGUGCUCCGAUAUCAGCCCCCGCCAGCAGCAGCUCCUGAUGCAGUGCUACUGCAAGACUAUGCAUAACACAUACUACUACAACUACGUGUCCGAUGAGCAGAACGUCGUUUGCACUGUUGGCGACAAGACCACCUACAAUGGAAACACCACUGAGAUUUGCGCAAACCACGAAAAGUACAGCGACUGCCCGGGCGUCAACAUCUCGCCCAGCACCGGUGCCCACAUCACUCUGAGCAAGGUCGCACUGCUCGCUGUUGCCUUCUCGUCCCUGCUGUUCAUGUAAAGUGUCUCCAUAGCGACCAGUACCAGAUUCUCUUUAUUUCUCCGUCAAUUUUAGAAUAUACACAUUGAAAACGAU